AGCGAUUGAAGAGUCGUAACAUGAACUUGCGUUUUGGGUUGUUUCUUUUGGCAACUAUGAUCUGCUUGGUUACUUCAGGUUAUAGUGCCAAGUUUGUGCAGAAUUGUGAUAUGGCAGAAAAUGAAAGAGUUGCUCUAAGGAAUCUUGUGAAAGAAAUGUUUCGGUUUGGUUUUGAUUCUUAUAUAAAAGCUGCUUAUCCUCGCGAUAACUUGAUGCCUUUGUCUUGUAAUGGAACUGACUCUAUGGGAGGUCUAUUAGUAACUCUAGUAGAUAACUUGGAUACUUUAUUGAUAUUUGAAGAAUAUUCGUUAUUUAAGCAAUAUACUCUAGAACUAGAGUCUCUAUUCAAUGUAGACAUAAAUCGAACAGUCAACAUAUUUGAAACUACCAUUCGUGUGAUUGGGGGCUUACUAUCUUCUCAUGUACUGUUGACGGAGGCUUCCGAUGUUGUGGGACUUGCACAAGACUUUUUCCCAGAGUAUAGUGGCAGUCUGUUGAAGAUUGCAAGAAAAUUGGCAGACCGAUUUCUUCCUGCAUUUGAAACUCCUACGGGGAUUCCAUUCGGAAGUAUUCACCUCAUCAAUGGUGUUAGUACUAGUGAAAGUCUGAUUGCUUGUACUGCAGGAGCAGGAACUUUGUUAUUGGAGUUUGGGACACUUUCUAGGCUAACUGGAGACCCAAAGUAUUAUCAUGUUGCGUAUAGAGCAAUGAAGAGUUUAUUUGCACAUGCUUCAUCACGAGGCUUGUUAGGAAAGCAUAUCCAUAUUCUCAAUGGAAAGUGGUUAUAUAAUGUGACUGGAAUUGGAGGAGAUGCUGAUUCUUUUUUUGAGUAUUUAUUAAAGGGAUUUGCUUUAUUUGGGGACUAUGAAUUGCUCAAAAUGUUUCAAAGUUGUCAUGAGAGUAUACGGAAUUAUCUUUGGAAUGAACCUUGGUAUUUUGAUUGUGACAUUGAGAAAGGAACCGUAGUUUCUUCAGUUCAAAGUUCUCUGAGUGCGUUUUUCCCUUCCUUAGAAGUACUUUGUGGAAAUAUUCAAACUGCUUCGAGAUCCCAUAGAGCUUUCUGUUCUAUUUUUUCAAAAUUUGGAAUGCUUCCUGAAGCUUUCAGUAUUAAGAAACGAACUCCUGUCAAAGGCUCCAAUGGAUAUCCUCUACGACCGGAGCUUUUUGAAAGCAACUUUUAUUUGUUUUGGGCUACAGGUGACCCUUCAUUGUUAUCCAUUACCAGAAAUGCUAUUUGGUCAUUAGAGAACCUCACCAGAACACCUUGUGGUUAUUCAUCUAUAAGAGAUGUGAACAAACAUGAUCGAGAUGAUAUAAUGGAAUCCUUCUUUUUAAGUGAAACCUGCAAAUAUCUUUUGUUUUCGGUAACUCCUGACCAUUGGAUAUAUAGCGGUCGUUUCAUAUUAUCGACUGAAGCACAUCCCUUCCUAGUACCACCUGCUUUUGGUGAUGAAAAUGAUGGUAAGAUUGUUGAUUUGCUCAAGGUUCCAAAAUGUCGUCGCAAGUCUGAAUUGAAAGUUGUGGAGAAAUGUGGGUUUGAAACGAAAGAUAUCGAUUGAGAUAUAUAUUCACACGAUAUAUUUUCUAUGAUAGAGUAGAACAUAAGCAAUAUGUUGUGACAAGCAAGUUGGUUUCUCAACCUUUUAGAGAAACACCCUUUUACAAAUCAUGAAAUAGAAAUACUAUAGUGGCAAUCUCUUAUCGUUGCUUGUGU